AUGCAACCAGAUCUUUCUAUAAUUAUCAGAGCGUGGACAAAUGUAAGUAUAAAGAGCGAAAGCACAAUCAUCUCUUUUUCUCUCGCGCAAACCCAAACAGUCGAAGAACAAGAAAAUAUAUUUCAUCACAAUAAUAAGAAUGAUCAUAAUUCAUCAAAUAGCACAUAUCCUCUUGAUUCUGACCCUGCGCAGACUAAUCACGAGAAACAACUUAAGAUUGACAUUGGCGAAAAAUCACAUAGUAAUAAAGAUGAUAAGAUUAAAUUGAAAAGAAUGUUUAACCUAAAUGAAUUUACCAACUUAAAAGUUUGGCAGCAAGCCAUUGCCGAGUUUUUUGGAACGCUUCUUUUGAUCUUUUUAAUUGGAGCUGCAGUUGUAGCUGUUGCUGAUUCAACAUUCCCACUUCCUUCGUUACUGAUUGGGUUCGCGCAUAUUCCAAUAAUAUCGUUGUUAAUAUUAGUUACAGGACCGAUUUCAGGCGCUCACUUAAAUCCAUUCUUAACCAUCACAACAAUGACCACAAACUUAAUGUCUCUCCCACGUGGUUUACUUUACAUAAUUGCUCAAUUAUCUGGAGGCACAAUUGGAGGAAUCUUGAUACGAUCUAUCGCAUCAGAUGAAAGUGUUACCCGCACAAAACUAGGAUCUUGCUCAUUUAAUCGCGAACUGUUCUCACCUUUUCAAGCGUUUAUCGGCGAAGCAAUAUUCUGCCUUGGCGUAGCCCUUGUAUUGUUUGCGGUCGCUUUGGAUCCGACACGUAAAAAAGAUUUCGGGUUGACGACAAUAGCAUUUAUAGUUUCUACUACAUUUGGUGUUUUUGUCUGGUUUAGUGGUGGACUUCACACAGGAUGGCCUGGCGCUUCAAUGAAUCCGGCAAAAUGUUUUGCAUUCGCAGUGGCAACUGAAGAUUUUUCAA